AGGAGCUGCGCUGGUGGAGCAGGAGCAGGAGCAGGGAUGGACCUUGGGCUUUGAAUCUCAUGCUUGAAGACAGUCCUUUUCCUGUCUUCCUGUGAUCGCGAGCUUGAAUGCUGGAUAAUGGACGCGUGCUGUGUAGAAGUCACGCUCCCUGUGGAUUUACUGUUUUCUCCAGCAGCUCGCGUGCGGAUCGUGUUCUUCGCUCCCGUGCGCGCGAUCUAGGUGCUCCUUCUCUCUCUCUCUUUCUCUCUCCUGCACUUCUCAUGGAAACUUUCAAGAUCUAAAGCAUCACACACACCACCUCGUGUGUCCGGUGGAACUGUGCAUGAGGGUAACCGGUGUUGCGCAAUACGAGAAGCGCAGCACGACAUGAUCAGGACCGGAUUACCUUUUCUUCCGCUGACCCUUUUCCUUAGCCCAUAGAGGAUGCUGAUGAGGAGCUGCUGAAGAUAAAAGAAGCAGAAAAAGAAAAAAGACAGCAUCCACAUCUGGUUAAACUCAGCCUACUUUUAAUCCAGGAGUGGGACAAGAGCUCUUCUACUGUACUUGCCAUUCCAAGCUGAAGGACAAGCCAGGAGUGCAGUUUGGGUCAGGCGGGAUUGGCAGAAGAAUGCUGGUCCCAGGUGUCCGGGGGCAGGAUGGCGUUGUGUUGGCAGAGCGCUCUGGGUGUUAGAUGGUUUCUCUUGAUGCUCGUGUGGCGCUGGGCACCUCUGGGUGCUCUGAGCUGGCUCCUGGCCUCUGCUGAGCGCCAUGAGGCUUUGUCUUUCUCCUCUCUGCCUGGCAAGGCGAGCGUGGCUCAGCUGGACUGGCUCCUGUCUGACAAGGGACCUUUCCACCGGUGUCCGGAGUACACAGAGUUCAAGGAGCGCUUUCAGCAAGGCUUUUCAACACGCUACAAGAUCUACAGGGAAUUCAGUCACUGGAAAGUGAACAGCUUGGCCACAGAGAAGAGAGAUUUCUUCAAGGCUCCACUGCCUCUGUCUCCUGAAUUCCUACGCAACCUCAGGCUACUUGGAAGGAGGCCGACUCUCCAGCAGAUCCAUGAAAACCUGAUCAAAAAAUACGGCACUCACUUCUUAGUAUCAGCUACACUCGGGGGCGAGGAGUCUCUCACCAUCUUCCUGGACAAACAGAAGCUCAGCAAGAAGUCCGAGGUCAAUGGCAACAGCUCGACAGUGUCCCUGGAAAUCCUGCACCAGCUGGCUGCGUCCUAUUUCACCGAUAGAGAGAGCACCCUCAGGAGGCUCCACCACCUACAGAUCGCCACUUCAGCCAUCAAGGUAACAGAGACCAGAACAGGACCUCUGGGAUGCAGCAACUACGACAGCCUGGAUUCUGUCAGCUCAGUGCUGGUGCACAGCCCCGAGAAUAAAAUCCAUCUGAAAGGUUUACAAGAUGUUCUGCCAGACUUUCUGCGUAACCGAUUCGUGGAGGCCGCACUCAGCUAUGUGGCGUGUAAUUCUGAGGGCGAGCUAUUGUGCCACAAUAAUGACUGCUGGUGCCGAUGUUCUGCCAAGUUUCCUGACUGCAACUGCCCCUUCUUGGAUAUCAGGGCAAUGGAAGAGAGUCUUCGGAAGAGCAGGGAGGCCUGGAUCACAUUGAACAAUGAGUUUAUUGAGUCAGAUGAGUUUAAGGCUUUUUUGAAGAAGCUGCCUACCGAUCGUUUUUUGAACACAACGGAUAUCCUGAAGUUCUGGAGUUUGGACACGGCCUUACAGAGACGCCACACUCAGCUGGAGACCAGCACUAAACUGAUCUUUAGCAAAGCUAAUAAAAUUGUGCGGAAACUCUUCACCCUCAGCAAGCGCUGUCCCAAACAGCCAAAGAUCAGCCUGCCCAGGGAAAGGACAUUGGGUUUCUGGUUAAACAGAGUUCAGUCCCUGCUGUACUGCAAUGAGCAUGGAAUCCUGGGCUCCUUCUCCGAGGAAAUGCAUUAUUGCUUGUGUCCCACAGAACAGGGCAGCUCCUGCCAGGGUACAGUUCCUUGUCAGGUGGGUGAGGGCACACUGUGUUCCUUGUGUGCCCCGGACAAUGUGACCCGCUGCGGCACAUGUAUGCCUGGUAGCUUCCUGCAGCUGGGCUCAUGCCGUCCAGCCGUGGCCAUUUCCUUGGACCACUAUGUGAACUUUGACUUGGACAUGGUGGACGCAGAAGCCCACCACCUGCUCCAGCGUUUGGACGGCCGCCUGGAGGUUCGUGCAAUCUACAUCAGCAACGAUGUGCGCUUAGGAAGCUGGUUCAACCCCGCGUGGCGCAAGCGGAUGCUACUUACACUCAAGAGCAACAAGAACAAGUCCAACCUGGUGCACAUGCUCAUGGGAAUUUCUUUCCAGAUCUGCACCACACAGAACAGCACGCUGGAGCCAGUGCCUGCCAUCUAUGUCAACCCAUUUGGAGGAAGCCAUUCCGAGAGCUGGUUCAUGCCCGUCAAGCAGAACAACUUUCCCGACUGGCAGCGAACUAAACUCGAUACGGCACUGCCAUGCCACAAUUGGACGCUGGUGCUGGGCACCAAAUGGAAGUCGUUUUUCGAGACAGUGCACAUCUACUUACGCAGCCGUAUUCUCACAGACGACCCGGGUGUCAACGAGACACUCUUCUACGAGCCACUGGAAAUGGACUCCGCUAAUCUGGGGUACAUGAAGAUCAACAGUCUGAGGGUGUUUGGUUAUAGCAUGCACUUCGAUGCCGAUGGUGUCAAGGAGCUGAUCUCACAGUUAGACUACCCGUACACACAGGGCACGCAGGACGCCGCCUUUCUGGCACUGAUGGAGAUACGCGACCGAGUAAAUCGGCUCUCGCCACCCGCCGAGCGCCCGCUCGACCUCUUCUCCUGCCUGCUUCGGCAUCGGCUCAAGCUCUCAGCCAGUGAGGUGGUGCGCAUCCGCGACUUGGUUCACAGCUUUAGUGACAGGUUGCCCAGUUCCUCCAAACCUGAACUCGCCCAGCUGUGCAGCUAGCUCAGAUAAUUCUCUCCUGCCUGUGUGUGCGUUUGUGUGUGGGUGUGUGAAUUGCAAAUCAGAAAGAGGGAGAAUUCAGCCAGCUGUGCAAGCUAGAUCACACAAUUCUCUCUUACAUAUUUCUCAGACUUCUGAAAUCUUGCAUUAAAAGAUGUAUAUACUGUAUUUAUCCGUGGACUGCGAUGCUCAUAAUGGAAUCUUUGUAUUCAGAAAUGUGAAAUGUGACUGAAACAUCAAGGCAUGAAUGGUAAGUUUGUUUAUACGUCUUUUUUUGAGGCUAGCUCAGAGAAUACUUUCCACCCGGGGUGCGUGCGUUUGUGUGAAUAUAAAUGAGAAAGAGCGAAGAGAACACGGCCAGCUAUGCAGCUAGCAUGUGUGAUUCUCUCCCGCUCAAGAGUGUUUGAGUUUCUCAGAACUUCCAUGCGAAGGGUAACAACAUUAUUUUAGAAAUGAGAAGUACCCCUGUUCUUGUGGGUUUGCUUCGGUAAACCUGCAACCUCCGAGCAGCAAAACAUAAACUCUAAGUUGCUAUUGACAUGGGAAUAGCGAGUACGCAUACAUCAGGAUGUUGAACAAAUAUAACACAGACUGGAUCAAUUCACGCUUCUGAGCAAAGCUUGAAGAAAGACAGAACUGCAUCAUAGCCCUUUCUGUGGAACAAUGUAAAAACAUGAAGUUUGAUCUUUUCUAUGUGUUCGGAGAUGUUCGGUAUUAUUUGGUGACUACCUGAAAAAAGGGCAUAGUUGAUGAGAAUUACAUUCUUAUAGAUUUAUGGUGAAAAUCAGUUAUACAGUAAUAGCGACCAAGACACAGGUUUACUUUACUUUUCUAUUUUUAUCUGAUGUCCUAAAUCCUGUACUGAGAGAUGUUUUCUCUGUAUUUAUUACCAGAUUGAGAUGCCCUUAACAGAUUCUUUAUAUCAAGAGCUGUGACACACAACAAAACAAAACAAAAAAACAAUAGGCAGACAAAAUGGCAAACCGUCUUAUUUAUACGUUUCAGUCUUUCCGAUGUUGAUCUUCUAAAACAUCACAUUGUCUUUUGCGAAGGUUUGUGGGCAGCUUUGUAAAUACCGCUCUGUCAUUAAUCCUCAUUCAGGACGUAAAAGCUGCACAUAGUAAAUAUCAAUGGCUCAUCACUCUUAUGAAUUGAAUGAAUUUGUACUUUUUGGAACCGGCAACGACCAAAAAACAUUUCUUACUCGACAGAAACACGUAUCUAUUGCCUUAUGAAGUGGAGUUUGUGUUCGGAUAUUAAAGCACACUUGGUCAGCUACGUCGUUAUUUGAAAAACGUGUUGCUCCUUUUGCCUGGGUUCUUUCUCUUAUCUUGUUUAUUUGGUUUUUUUUUCCACUUUUUUUAUUUGACUUACAAUAAUCUGCAAAAAAAAAAAAAAAAAAAAACAGACAAAAAAAUAAUCUAAUUUAUAAUUGACACUCUGUGAGAAAUAUACGUAUCUGCUCUGUACAAAAAAAGACAAAGCUCUGUUGAAGGACAUCCUUUAAUACCUGUGUCAUAACAUUUGCACAUAUACUUCUACACUGAUUAACUCCACCUACUGAAUCAUGACAUACAUUUGAAUUCCAUCGAGCGUCUGUGAAACUAAAAGCAAUCAAGCAUGAGGCUAUUUAAGUGCUUUUCAUGGUCAUUUUGCAUUUAAAUUCAUGUCACAGCUCAUCCAUAACCCAAAUAUAUGGCACAAUAGACCACUGAAUAGUGUUAUGUGGACAAAUGUUUGUUUUGCAACACCAUGUCCAUGACAUCCAUCUGGAAAUCAUCUAUAAAUCACAUCGUUUACCAGCACAUUGUUUAGAUUUUGCCCCUUAGCUGUGGAGCCUGUGAGCACGUCUUGCACAUCAAUGCCUGAAAUGACCAGUUUUAUGCUGGGAUAAGAAAAAUGUCCUUGUCAUAUAAAUUGCAUCAUUUAUUAGGAGAGGAGGCAAUUUGCUAGAUUGUCACUGAGGACAGCAAAAUCUUUGUCUGUCACAACAUCUGUAUGUCACGAAUCAUCCUGCAUUUGUGUAGGCUGGAAUUUGCAGCCGUCGACUGUUCGUCUUUAUUACCUAGCGCUUGCUCUUUGGCUAAUCAACGAGGUGUGGAAGAGCCAGCGAUUAAUCAUAAAGGUCUUGUGUAGACUAUCGCUGCUCUCUAACGUAGAAAUAAGCGCUGGAUGUUCCACUGAUUGAUUAUUUAUGAUGGUUGUAUUGCCUUGGGCAUGAGGCUGUUUAUGCUCUGGGUUUAUGAAAUAUAUAAUUGUGCAAGAUUCAGAUCCUAGAUUUACUUUCCCUCCUGGGAGUCAUGUCCCAUCUAAUUAUGGCGGCUACAAACACAGCAGCCAGAAUUACCUGGGUACAAUCCCUAAAUGCUUUCCUCAUAAAUUCCUAAUUCAUAUCAGAAAACCGUGUCCCAAGUUCAAGUGCUUUGAUGUGGAACGCUGGUUUAGAGCUGGUUAUUAAAAAGUGUACUCAUCUCAAUUCAUUGAAAUACCAAGUAUUUUUUCCCUGUUUUUUUUUCGAAUGGCAUCCCUUUGGUCACUGUUUAUUUUUGUAGAUAUUACAUUUUUAAGAGCUUCACUUAAGAACCAUUAGCAGUAACAGUGUGUAGGUCUCACAGUUGUUUACUGUUUAUAUUACGGUUCUUCCAACUGAACACACAUAAAUUAAAACAAAGCUCAGUGAAAAGGUACGAUCGAGGCAUUAAGGUAGGGAUUAUUGUUCAUUUAUAGACUAGAGGUCUUGCAGCUGUUCCCCCAAAACAGUUACAUUUUCCCAACAGUUUUUCUUCCAGAACACUUGUUCUAUUAAAGCUGAUUUACACAGCACAGGAUUAAAAAAAGUUUCGAAAUCUUUAAGCCUUACUUGAUUUCUCCCUCUGGGAAAACCCUUUUGUAGAACUUUACAACAGUUUCCAUAUCAGGUAGAGUUCAAAAGUUUGGCAUGCUUAGAGCAUUUAACUCUUCAGAGUACAUGAGAUAAAAUAGUCAACUUGCUGGGUUUUUUUUUUAUAUUCUUUUUUUUAUUAUUAUUAUUUUUACUACCCCACAUUAAUUUUUUUUUAUUUACAGUAGAUGAAACUCUUAAAAAUGAACUAUGAAAGGCUCAGCAAGGUGCCAGUGGAAAAGUUGGAGAUGUUCAGUGCAAUCCCUGAUGUGAUUAGUGUGUACAUGUGAAUUUAUUACUGUGCUUUAAAGAGUGAAAUUAUUUGACACUGCCAUCCUUUUCAGCAGGAGUCAUCAACUGGCAAGGUGUUGGCCUGGACCUAUUCAACUGGGCGGAAAAAAUGCUGUAGCAGAAUUGAUCAUUGUAUGAAAAAAUAACUGGCAGUAGUUGAGCAGCUCCAGAUUUGUAAACACGAAUCAUCGCUGCUUCAGCUGCGGCUUAUUACGGUGAAUUACAGUGACGGCUGCGUAUGAGAGAAAGACUUUUCACAGACUUUCAUAUUUUUUUCAUAAUUUCUCUGGUCUGCUGAUUAGUGGUCAUAAAGACAAAAAAGAGAUAAAAACAACUAUUAAAGACAGCACAGAGAAAUAUGUGUUCAUUCUCUUGCUCAAGAUUAAAAUCUGACGUCUGUUACGAGUCCGUGGUGCUAGUCAAAAGUGUUCAUGUAACGUGCCAGUGCAAAACACAACCACUUUCAAUUGAUGUGUCUUAUUAAUAGGCAUGUAAUAACCACUCGAAGCUAACUUUUGCCAUCAUUAAGUCGUGCUAGUUUCCUUUCCAUACAUUUAUAAGGAAUUUCAUGUAAGUGGAUCUUCACAAACUUUAAGAUCAGAAACUGUCCUCAUAAUUCAGCACCUCCAGACUUUAUGUUACUGUAAUUUGGUCUUCAUCAAAUCAAUGCAAAACACUACUGUUCACUGCAUUUGCCAUAUCCUCAUUCCAUUAAACGUGUCAUAUCCUGCAAAUCUUUUUCAUUGCUACACAAAUCACAACCUCUUCUUAACAUUAGUUUGAUCAUAUUUUUGAAAUGCCUUCAACCUUACUGUAUUGUCACACUGGGAUUAAACAAAUCGUCGCAUACGAAUAGCUGUUAGUGUCCAGAACCAAAGUGCUGAAUGUAAAUACUCACUGCAUUCAUUCGCUCAAUAUCCAGAUACGAUAUAGCUCGAUUAAGAGCAUGAGUUGUCAGCAUGCGAUCCAGCACACAGGAUUCUUUUAUUUUUUUUGCUGAUAUGAGUUUGGUUUGUACAUUUAAACAUGUAUAUUGUACUAGAUGCAGAGACCUGAUCUAGACAGACUGGCCAUGAAAUGAAACACUGAACUUUCUACUCUUUAUUGUUUGAUCGAAGCUUCUCUCAGUGUUUUAACAGGAUGUAAAUGUUCUUAUAUUAAAUAAUAAAAAGUGAUGGAAAUCUUUACAAUGUCUGUA